AGAUAAAAUCAUGUGCACGAGUCCACAGCUCUCACCGCCGCAUCUAUCAAGAUUGAGCCGUGGUCGGCGGUGAGUUCAACGCGCCACCGUGGAGCGUGAUGGAGUUCGUGGUGUUCUGACGCAUUUUGGGAGUGGACGCAACAGAGAAAAAAGGAAGGACAGAGAAUCUGAACGACAGUUUUAUGCAGCUCGUUUUUCCUGUUUGUGCCCGGCCAAAAAUCGAACUGGAUUAGGAACCCUAGAAUUGGGCAUUCAGAAUUUUGUUACGAAGAUAGAAAGAGAGAGAGAUUGAUCGAUGGUUAUUUGGUAAAGAUCGAAAGAAGUUGAAUGCUCUGUAACGGACAGCGGAAUUCGGAGAGAGGGAUGGUUAUUUGACAAUUCAAUUUCUUUUUUCCAUCAUAAAGCUUCGAACAGCGAUUUGUUCAUCGAUUCAUGUCUCUUUCCAAUGAGGCAAGAACAAUGAAGAUCCUCACUGAAUUCUAGACUCGAAAGCGUUGGUAUCAGAGUCUCAGAUUCGAAAAGGCGUGGGAAAUUGGAAUCCGUGUUUGGCGAUCGCGAUAUCCCAUUUCGAGUUCUUCAAACUUGAGUUAUGGGGGCUGAGAAGAAGUGGCUUUUCACUUUCUUCUCAGCCGCAUUACUUACCCUGAUUUUGUUGCUGUUCUCUUCCAUUUCCGCCUUCAGCUCGUCGAGGCUCUUCCCUUCCUCUGUUCAUCGAGGACUUCACCAUCCACCGGCUUUCGCUUACUAUAUUUUUGGUGGGAACGGCGACAAGGAUAGGAUCUUCCGGCUGUUGCUCGCCGUCUACCACCCGAGAAAUCGGUACCUCUUGCAUCUCAGUCGCGAGGCUUCCGAUGGAGAUAGGCAACAGCUAGCCGCGGCGGUGAAGUCUAUCCCAGCGAUUCGAACUUUUGGGAACGUGGACGUCGUUGGCAAGCCUGAUCGUGUGACCUACAGUGGGUCCUCUUACAUUGCCACGAUUUUGCAUGCUGCAGCGAUUCUGCUCAAGAUUGACAGUGGCUGGGAUUGGUUUAUCACUUUGAGUGCGAUGGACUAUCCGCUGAUCACUCAGGACGACCUUGCACAUGUGUUAUCCUCUGUUAGAAGAGAUCUCAAUUUUAUUGAUCACACCAGUGACAUUGGAUGGAAAGAAUCCAAGAGAGUCCAUCCAAUUGUAGUUGAUCCCGCGGUGUACUUAGCAAGGAGAAGUCAAAUUUUUCACGCUACCGAGCAACGACCAACACCUGAUGCUUUCAAAAUAUUCACAGGUUCACCUUGGGUCGUCCUGAGUCGACCGUUCCUCGAAUUCUGCGUGUUUGGUUGGGAUAACCUGCCCAGAACAAUGUUGAUGUAUUUCACAAAUGUGGUAUUGUCUCAAGAGGGAUAUUUUCAUUCUGUCAUUUGCAAUUCACCAGACUUCAAGAAUACCACAGUGAACAGUGAUCUAAGAUACAUGAUCUGGGACAAUCCACCCAAGAUGGACCCUCACUUCCUCCACACCUCCAAUUUUGAUCAAAUGGCUCAAAGCGGGGCUGCUUUUGCAAGACAGUUUCAACGAGAUGACCCUGUGCUGAACAUGGUCGAUGAGGUCAUCCUCAACCGCAGACCGAAUCGACCCACCCCCGGUGCCUGGUGUUCUGGCUGGAACAGUUGGUGGACUGAUCCAUGCUCUCGGUGGGGCGAUGUCAAUGGUCUGAAGCCUGGGACUCGUGCAAAGAAGUUUGAAGAGUCUAUUACAAACCUUCUUGAUGAGUUGAGUUCACAGUCUAAUCAAUGCAAGUGAAACCAGGUUCAGGUGAUUAUAGAUUUUUCUUGAGUUACAUUCUUUGGGUGCCACACAGCAAAAAAUAACAUUUCUUGUUCAUUUUAGAAACAUCCCAAUUCCCAAGCAUUCAAUUUAUAGUAAAAUCUUCCUUCUCUGGUA